AUGCCUAACUGCUCGUCGUAUGAGUACUCCAAUUUUCACGCCUUCACUCAUAGCUACGACAUUGUUCACAUUCCCCUCAGUCUGACCAUCUGUGUCUGUGGGGUACUUGCCAACGCUAUUAACGUCGUCGUCCUCAACCAACCGGGAAUGCAGUCCUCGACAAACCUCCUAGUAGCAGCUCUAUCCAUCGGUGAGGGUACUGUCAUGGCCAUUUACAUAUUCUACGUCACUAUGUACCGCAUUGAUCGAAAACUUGAAUUGGGUAUGUCGAGGCCUUACGCCUAUACUCUCUUCACUUUGGUCUAUGCUCAAAAUCUCUUCCACGCCUUCGCCUCAUGGAUGAUUGUCUUUCUCACUGCAUUCCGACUUGCCUUCAUGCGAGCAGGAGUUGCCGCACUACACACGUGUAGCUACAAUCGAGCCAAAAUUGGCAUUCUUACUAAUGUGGUAAUAUCGCUUAUCCUCUCAGCGCCAUUUUUGUUCGCUCACCACGUGGUCAAGGAUAGUACACAUUCUGUCAAUGGCACUGUCACUUUCAAACUCGACUUUGUAUCAAGUUACUCAUUGACGACAUUGUUGUUAGUAACCACAGGGGUGUUUAUGAAGGUCUUGCCCAUUGUGCUAAGUACCAUCUUUACUGCCUUGCUAAUUCGGACACUACUGAAGUCGCAAAAGCGACGGAUCCGACUGCAAAAUGAGAAAACAGACACAGAGCAGAGAUUUAUUGCUAUCCAGACAGAACAAUCUAACAAUGAUAAUAAUACCAAGAACUUCAAAAGACCGUCAACAAGGAGGUCUAAUGAUCAUGACUCGAAUAGCCGGAAUAUAUAUCAAACGACGAACAUCAUGAUUGCCCUCACUGUGCUCUACAUCAUCACUUAUUUGCCUCAGGCAAUAAUGCUGCUUCUCCUGAUCAUCUACGGCACGUGUUUUGAGGUGAUGGUGUACGAGAAAUUGGGCGAUUUCAUGGACCUCCUGACACUGCUGUGUUACAGUGGCAACUUUCUCCUCUACUGUGCGCUGUCGAGCAAAUUUCGGGAGACUUGUCUACACCUCAUCCACUCCUUACUGCUGCCUAGGAAGUGUCGGUUAUGA